GGUCUCAGUUUUGUAAACCUGGCCAGCAGGGAGAGCUGGAGGACAAAAUGACCCUCUCGUCCAUCUCAGCUGCUGUCCUUUAAGCCUAUUUCCCCGUCCGCGGCUGCAGAUAGCAAGGUUGCCACGGGGGAGGUGGCGUUCCCCCGGGAAGUGCGGGGUAGGAGCGUGUCGGUGCCGCGGGCGGGGGCCAAACGCUAAGCUCUGCCCUUGACCCAGCCCCGGGGAAGACUUUCCCUCUAUGAGCCUCAGUUUCGUGCUCCGUAAAAUGGGCACCCCAGACGCCCCCAACUAACAGGCUGGCCCCAGGUCAACGUGCUGGCGGGGCGGUGACCAGGGCGGUGCCGGAGCCAAGCCUCCCAGCCGGCCGCGACCACGUGGGGCGGCAGCGGCAGCAGCGGCAGCAGCGGCAGCAGCAGCAGCGGCGCUGGCGGAACCCAGGCUCGGAGGCUUGCUGCCCGCCCGGGCCUCUGCAGCGAGGGCCCCGGCGGAAGUGUGGGCGCCAGAAGCCGUGGACCUGGGUCACACCUUGGCUCCAAAACCCUCAAGGGCUUCCCCUGGACUGUGGAAAAAGUUUGUCCUUGUGCAUAGGGUAGGGUGAGAGCCCCUGCUCCAUUGGCUGUAGGCCCUGUUGGCUCCCUUGCCUGCCACUCUGCAACCUGUAUCAGCCAGCACAAUGCAGACGCCAUUGGCCAUUCCUGUGCCUGUGCUCCGGCUCCCCCGGGGCCCCGACGGCUUGAGUCGUGGCUUUGCCCCUGAUGGACGCAGGGCCCCCCUGAAGCGCGUAGCUACUGAAAUCCAAGAGUGUCCCAUCCUUCAAGAAUCUCCAGAAUCCCAGGAACAGCGAGCCCGAGCUGCCCUUCGGGAGCGCUACCUCCGCAGCCUGCUGGCCAUGGUGGGUCGCCAGGUGAGCUUCACACUGCACGAGGGUGUGCAUGUGACUGCCCACUUUGGAGCCACUGACCUGGAUGUGGCCAACUUCUACGUGUCGCAGCUGCAGACUCCCAUAGGGGUGCAGGCUGAGGCACUGCUUCGAUGUAGUGACAUUAUUUCAUACACCUUCAAGCUGUGAAGACAGUAUUGUGGUCACCCUUCUGCUGUGGUCUUAGCCACAGUAUUGCAGGCCUCCAAAUGUUCCUGAGCCAGGCACUGUGGACCCCACAGAGUUCUGAGCUCCCUGGGAAUUUGAACCAAGCACCUCUGGAUUUUUGAGGCCUCCAGGGUCUAGUUGUAAAGGUCUGCAACCCUAGGACUUCCAGAUCUCGUUGAAAGGAAUGCUCUACCUUGUAGAACUCUGGACUCUACAGAAAUAUGGGCCAGUGCCAGUUCCUGAAGACCCG